AAACAUCGAGGCAAAGCCAAAUUAAGUUCUCACAACAAUGUUGUCUCUUCUCUUUUCCGAGUCUUCUCUAUUAUCACUCCUCUUUCUGUUUCUCAUCCCUUGUCUCUUUAUCAUCAGACUCAUCAAAAUCAACGCUGCUCGAGACGAUGGUGACAACAAGAAACGUGAUGAGGGAACUUUUGUUGUCCGAGAGUAUGAGUUACAAAGAGAGCUGAUGCCGAGGCAUGUGGCAUUUAUCCUGGAUGGGAACCGGAGAUGGGCCAAACGGGCCGGAUUGACGACGCAACAAGGCCACGAGGCCGGAGCUAAACGGCUUGUAGAAAUCGCCGAGCUCUGCUUCGAGUUGGGGAUUCAUACAGUCUCAGCUUUUGUUUUCUCCACAGAGAAUUGGGGAAGAGACAAGAUUGAAGUUGAUAACUUAAUGUCUUUGAUCCAACACUACCGCAAGUUCGACAUCGGAUUCUUCCAUAGAUCGGAAAUUCGCGUUUCUGUUAUCGGGAAUAAAACGAAGAUAUCUGAACCUCUCCUCCAAGAAAUCCAUGAGAUAGAGGAAGCUACGAAAGGCUACAAGAAUAAGCAUCUCAUCUUGGCAGUAGAUUACAGCGGGAAAUUCGAUAUCACGCAUGCUUGCAAGAGUCUUGUGAAGAAAGCAGAGAAAGGGUUGAUCCGAGAGGAAGACGUAGACGAGGAAUUAAUUGAGAGAGAGCUUCUGACCAAUUGUAGUGACUUCCCAAGUCCUGAUUUAAUGAUUAGGACAAGUGGAGAACAGAGGAUUAGUAACUUCUUCUUGUGGCAACUUGCUUAUACCGAGCUCUUCUUCUCGCCCGUCCUUUGGCCUGAUUUCGAUAAGGAUAAGCUUCUAGAGGCUCUGGAUUCGUAUCAGCGCAGGGAAAGACGAUUUGGCUGUCGUGUUUGAUCCACAUUUCAUCCUUUCUGUUCAUGUGUAACUUCUAUCAACUACUUGCUCUUUGUUUUAGGUAUCAUUGUAAUUUGUUUCUUUAAUCGAAUAAAUUGAUGUGUUUCUUUCUUUCUCCUUGCUUUGCCGUAUAUGUAUCAGUUGUUACUAAACCCAAUAUCUUGCU